GUGCUGGGCACGGGACAGCCGGCUGCCGAGGACGGGGCUGUGGGGCUGGAUGCCUUUCCCCGGCUGGAACCCCCGCCACCCAUCACCAAGAAGCGGACGCCGCGCGCUCUGAAGACCCCCCAGGACAUGCUCAUCGCUCCGCAGCCGGAGGGGACCAGCAUGGGGAGUGGUGUGGAGGAGCCUCCGGAACCACCCACAGCCCACCCUGACCCCACAGAGGAGCAGCUGGGGAUGGGGGACCCGUCUCCUCCAGAAUGCCCUGGCGUCCCCAGCGUGACAGGCGCCCAAGUGCCCACUGGGGACCAGCCUGCCAGUGCCUUACCCGUGCCCGACCUCAUCCAUAAGGGCAGCCGGGAGAGCCAGUGGCCAGUGGGUGAGAGGGCCACUGAGAUGUCACCCGGCACAGAGAAGCCCUCACGGAGAGCGGGGCUGGAGCACGAGCCACCAGGGAGCACAGGGCGGCCAGAGCCACGUAGCCCUGGCUGGGAGGUGGAGGGGACCCAUCCUGACCUACUGUCCUUUGAGUAGCAGUGGGUAGCUGUGACACGGGCACCGUGGGGGCUGGCUCUCCCAGACUUGUCUCUUGCUGCCACUUGCCUUUUCUGGGGUGAUUAUUUUGGAAAGGGGGAAGCCUCGGGGUGGAAGGAGCCAUUGCUGCCGGGUGUGGGCUCUGGGGAGCCAUGACAACCCACUUCUCCCCAGAUUCCCAGGAGGGGCACGGCCUGUCUCACCAUGGCUCCUGCAGUCCCAUUCUGGGCCUAUUCACCCUGGUCGGUGCCAAGCUCCUGUCCUGCCACAGUGCCACUGCCACCCUGUCUGCUGCCAGGAGCCUUGCUGAGCUGGGGACCAAGAGGGUGUGUGGGGGUAGAAGUGCCAGCCUGCCCCAAACCCCAUGGGCUCUGAGCAUCCUGUGAGCAUCCCACAAGCAGCACGCACUCCUCCGUGUCUGCACUGGCUGCCUUGGUCCAGAGGAUUUCCCAGCUUAUGCCAUGUGCUUGCUGAGAUUCCCCGUGCUGGGGCAGCAGCAUGCUCACCCAGCCCUAGUGCCUGGUGCCAGCGAGCCAGGACAGCAGAUGUGUCCAGGGCCUUCUCCAGGUGCUGGAAUCAUGGUGUUUCUCUGCUGAGUGCCAAUACCCUUGCAGACCUGAGCUCUGGCAGGGCACAGGGCUGGGCACCUGGGACUGCGCAGCUGCUGGCCAGAGGCUCUGCCAGGGAGCUGAGCUCUCUGUGAGACCCCCUUCCAGCUCCUGCUUGUUUCUUGGUCUCGUCCCAGCCACCAUGGACAGAACUGUCCAGGCAGGCAGCCCUCUCCAUGUGGGCCAGUGUCACUGCUCCCCUUUAUUUCCUGGGACAGUGGUCUCUGUGAGACUGGGACACGAAGCCAGUGCAGUCCUCUGAUACUGCUGUAUGAGUGUUUUGCCAUGGAUUACAGGAGGGGUUAGCCAGCCUGUGCCAAUGCAAGGAAGCAGCUGUGAGAUGGAACUUCUUGCUUAGAGCUUUUAUGUACAUCCUCACCACAAAGGUGGUUUACAGAGGAAAAGCUCCAAAGCCCCGGGUUGGGUUGGAGGAGCCCAGGAGCUCGUGGAUAGGCCUGCUCACAGCUCCUGGGCCACUCAGGGUGGUUGGGCUGAAGCUUCCAGCACCCAAAGCCACGCUGUCCCACUGAAGGAAGGAAGCUGUGAGCAUGGAUCCCAUUGCCCUGGGAGCAGCCACCCAUGUCCUUGCCAUUGGAGCAGUGAUGCCAUCCAUGGUGGUUCUGGGGCCCUGCAGCUCUCAGCUCUGGGAAAGCCCUGCUCAAGAGUGAGGGGAUGCAGAGCUGCACAGAGCCCGUGUUCAGUGCUGAGGUGUCACACACCCUGUGGCAAUGUGAUCACGCUGUGCAUGGCUGCCUCCACCUACAGAUACAGGGGGUGUUUGCUGCCCAGCUCUGCACUGCAGUGUAGGUGUUGAUGGAAACAGCUUCAGCCCCCUCUGAAGAACCAGCAUCUUCCAUCACUGUGAUCCCAAGGGAACCUUCUUCCCCUUAAGGGAGGGCCGACACUUAUAGCCGGCCCAGUCCCUUUAUUUAUGUUGUCAGCGUGCUUGUGUGUGGUUUGGGACAAGAGAUGCAGAUUGCACAAUAAAUUUUCUUUUUCUUUUUUAC